CUGAACUCACAUCACAGUUCCUGAUAGCCGCACAUCGUCAGUCAGUGACCGGAACUGUAAAACCGUCUCGUCCCAAUCCGCGAGCGCGGGCAGAUUUACAGCGCGCUUCAGCCGCACGAGACAAACAGCAGCAAUUACCUCGAGGGGAAAACACUCGUCUCGACAAACCUACGGCAAAAACCAUCAUCGCGAGCUCUGAGAACAAGCACGCUGAGAUUUCACAGUCCGUAGUAAUUUCUCACACAAAGAGAAGGAGGGCUGGAGAAGACACUACCAUCUCCAGUGCGCGUGAAGCUCGAGGUGUGCUGUGAUAUGGAGCUGCGAAGGUUUGCAUCUUCCGGUUGAGGACAUCUGAAGGAACAGCGUUUCAUUUCACGGACCACUUGCAUAUGCAUAUGCAGGACUAUUCCAUGCUCAUUUCUUAGCACUACGGCGGAUCUGAAUUGGACUAGCCAUUAAAAAGGACUUUUGGUCACCUGAACAAGUUUUUUUCUUUUUUCUUUUUCUAAAUGACUAUAUUUGUGCUUUCGGGGCUUCUCUGUUUUUUCUCACACUUAAGGAACCGUCUGUGAGAAGUCGUUCAGGAUGUUGACAACUCUGCGUAAAUGGAUAUGAAAUAAGGAACACUUUGGUUACGCCUGGAAAUCGCUUCAUCUUAGUCGUGUGAAUGUUCUUACGCCGCAGUUAUUGUUUCCCAACCCAUUCGCUUCACGUUUAAUCCGUUUUAGGGCACCGAAAGUCACUUCCGCCGAUUCCGUAACAGUUCGGUUGAAACUCGUUCAUAAAGCUCGUGCCCGUCUCGUUCGAGCAUCGUCACUUCUGCAGAUGUGCUCUGGUUCUAUUCUAACCAUCGUGUAGGUGUUGAUGGAGAGCCUUUCGAAUGACAGCCGGGACAGUGGUAAUCACAGGAGGAAUUCUAGCUACAGUAAUCUUACUGUGCAUUAUCGCUGUACUGUGUUACUGUAGGCUGCAGUACUAUUGCUGUAAGAAGGAGGAGUCGGAGUCAGAGGAGGAGGAGCCUGACUUCGCCGUCACGUCUCGUUUGCCGCCGGUGCAUUCAAACCACAACAUCCUGGCGGCCACUGUCCCAACGGCAACCACCCCCAAUGGGCCUGCCCUCUUCACGCCCCCGCAAACACGAAAACUGACACGUUCACAGACGUACUGUCCAUCCUGUACGCAUUAUGACCUGCCAUUUUACUUGCAGCAGCCAGACGGCCUGCGAAAUGGCGGCGAACGAAUUAACUACCGCAGCAUGUAUCAACAGGAUUUGGGGCUGCCCACUCCAUUGCCCACCCUGCUGCCCACCCAGCUGCCAACGCCACUACCCAACUACCACAAACUAAACCUCAGCCGCUCAGUCACCAUGAGGGAGAUGUUCACACGAAGCUGCAGCAUUAGCACUGAUGUGUAGCCAUUCAGAUUUAAAUGAUGCUAAAUGCUAACAGCUAACUGCAUCAAUGCAGGCAACAGACUCAAUUCUCAUUAAAAAUAUAUUAUUCAGCAUUUCAUAAAGCUGUAGUGCUUGCCUGCAUAAAAACAAUGUCAACAAUGUCCUCUGGAAACUCCCAGAGUGCCAAGCUUUUAGGAAGUCUUCCCAGUGUGUUUGUUCGUAACUAGGAACUAUAAAGGCAAAAAUGGGGUGAGAGCAAACAUUCUGAGACACUCUCUCUCCCUCAGCACAUCUGCUUCACUCCUGAAUCUCUUGUUUUGUGUUUUCUGUAAUUGGAAAGAGGAUUCAGAAAAUGACGCAGAAGUUUUUAUGAGUUCCUUACAUUUUUGUUGAAAGACACAUCAAUACACGGAAACGUUGACAUCUUGUAUUUUUAAAUAUACGUUCUGAAUGGAAACUUUUCUAUUGUUCAAGUAGCUCGAGACAUUUUAGCUGAAUAAUAAAUUAUAUAGCCACAGACUUUGUUUUAACAAACCAACACAUGUAAUACAGUUUAAGAAAAUCCGUAAGUGGGCUGCAGUAUAACUGUUAGAACAAAAUGUAACAACAUAAUGUAAGCAUUUGAUUAUGAACUAACAUAUGAGAUGAGAAGCAUUUUUUUUACUGAAAAGUUACUGUGUGGGAUUCUAUAUAUUAAUAGAUGUUUUCACAAUUUGUGAAUUAUUUGUUCUGUUUUCGAUGUUUAAAUAAUUUGUUCUUCUUUAUUCACAUUUCUCCUAUCUAAAAAGGCACAGGUUUUUGUUUCGGCUGCAUUAAAAUGAUUUCCAUUGCUUUUAUUUUUAAAACCCAGAUGUGAGAUGGAUAUAAGGCAGUGGAUUCUUGAUUUCGAGGGCUACAUUUGCUCUUUCUAAAUGCUGCUUGUUGGACUAUGAACAGAACAACUUCUGCCAGAGAGGUUUUUCUAUCUCGCUCUUUCUCUGUUCAUGCUUACAGAGGUGACAGUUAGCCUAUUUCCUGUGCUUUGUUGAUGUCAAAACAAGUGAGGCAAUGCACCAACUUUCUUCUUUUUAAUAAUGAUCACUUGAUAAUGACACAGUGAUUAUCAAGAAUAUUUGUUCUGUUUCUAGCCUGUUUGACAGUGAUAUUCUUCUAUCGCUGGGUGUGUAGCCACACACUACAGUCCUGCAGGUGACUUUGACUUCUGUGAUCACCUUGUGGUUGUGUUGUGAUUUCAUAUUUCUCUCCUAGCUCUUCUUUCACUCUCCAUGACCCCUUUAAAUCUCACGCUGUGUCUCUCAUCUGCACACACACAUGUUUCAGUGCCUGUUAAUACCAACU